GGCUAGCGCGCUUUUCAUGCACGUUUGUGAUUUUCCACAAUAAUGCCACAGUAUUGGUACAUGAUGAUACUCGGGCAGUUAGCCGCGAGUCAGUCUUUAUAGACGGGCUGAUGCCUGGGUGAUAGAGAGUUGCGUGGGACAUGGAGCGGACCAUCAGUCGUUCAGAACUGCACUCGCCGGAAAGCACACCGGAACCGGCUCCGGAUGAUGAGGUUGUUGCACGCCUACAACAAGGACUUGUUGAAUUCGACUACCUUCCGCACGAGCGUGAUAUAGCGGCACUGAUCGAUGACGAUGUCGAAGGACAGCUCGACUUCCGCCUCUUCGCCACACCUGGAGACGCGGAUCCUACGACCAAGAUUCGGCUACGAUCACCGACACCGCAAUUGUACGAAGCAGGCUUUGUGAACUCGCAACGGCCGAGAACGUGUUAUUUCGCAGAUGCUACGAACAAGCAACAAUACGAGAGUGUAUCUAUAUCCGGCGAGCAAGUCAAAGCAAUGUCGCAAAAUCCAUGGCCCGGCUAUGCGUACGAAUGGAAAGUCCUCCAUCUCCCACCAUCAGGUCAGACACGACAAGCGCGAGCUCUCUGCGAGCCCAUAUUUAGCAAGCUGCUGGGUAAGGAUCUACCAGAUUCAACCAGACGCAAACGCCUCGGCAAGAAGGCCCGUAUCAAACUCCGAUCAAAGCUUGCAGUUUCCCGACAGAAGGCCGAAACGCAAAGGAUCGACAUUGAAGCCCGUGAGCUUGCUGAGCGCGUCAAGCGCGCAAGGAAGAAUCGCGACAAGAAGCUGAAGAAGCGUGCACGUGACAAGGCUAAGAAGGCUGAAGGCUGAUGACUUCCGACCGCCAGGAGGUGAGAUGGUCCGGCUAGUCCCAGUCUUC